AUGUAUAUCCUUGACGAGGACAACAGAGCAAGACUACAUGAUGACCUCAACAACAAAGUCAAUUACUUUAUGUCCUGCGAACCAUCAGACAGUUUGUUGUUCACUAUUCGCCACGCAUUCAUUACAGCAUUACACAAGAACAAUCACAAGCUUGUAGUUUACAUCAUUGAUCAGGUUAAGAUUGUCAUGGAUGAUGGUGGAGCAACAACAUCCGAACUCGAUAUGACUUCCCAAACAGUGGCAAAGUAUCUCGUGUUGCGAUUGGACGAUGAUUACACGAUCAAUCUCGAUCGAAAGAUGAUUGAUACCCUGAUGCUUUAUCCAUGGAUAUCCCAUUGGUUCGCUGAGGGCUUGGUAUUGGCUAUGGCCAAAUCAUCGUUACUCAUACAUAACGACGUGCGUCUGUUCAAGAGGUUGACCGAGCGAUUCAAGAACUUCAUUGCACAGAUGGUCUAUGAUGAUAGCAUCGUGGGGCUGUUUAAACACAACAUGUCAUCGGAUGAUAUCAUUGAGCUGGUCACGUGGCACCAGGAGACAGGUUGGGAAACGAAUAAUGUUGGUCUUCUCAUCUUUGGACAUGCCAUGGAGUACAAACGAUUUGAUGUGGCACUUCGAAUGUUGACAGAGAUGGAUGCCCGCACUGUCCCCAGGGUGACGGAGUAUCACAAGGCAUUGGCAAUGUAUGCCAACACCGAGCUGCUCUCGGUCAUCAACUACAAUUUGCCUGACACUGGCAGGGUUGAUAACAUACUCAAUCAUACAAGCUGUGAGGGCAACAUCGACUUCCUCAAGCAUGUACACCAGCAGCUACAUGAUAAGGUUGCGGGCCUCACUGAGCACUGCCAUCCUGUGUUGGAUAAUGAGUUGAUCAUGAAUAUCAAGCACCAUGAUCACGCACUCUAUGUGUUGGACAACCUAAGUCAGUUACUUCAACAACAAUCUAUAGCACUGCGCGAUCCGCUUCUCAGCAAAUGGUUGGUCCAGGGCAUCGACGCGAAUUCAGACUCUACAAGGCAACUUGUCGACACACUGUUGGCCAACACGGACUUGGUCAAUUGUCAAUUCUACUUGUCACUCUACUCGAGUGCCGUCGAUCUGCAGCGAGUUGAUAUGAUUGAACUCGUCAAAUGCAUCAUGUCUCAUGACAACUCUAUUCAUUUCUCAAAGAACAACAUUGAUGGGUUGCUAUGUAGUGCAAUCUCGAGAGGAUUUGUCGAGGGCAUCGUCCUGAUUAUUGGCGCCUAUCCAUCCAAUCAUGUAUUCACUGUCGAGCAUGAUCAUUUCCUUCAGGCCGAUUUGGCCACACAACAGACACUGCUCACAUUGAUCAAGCCUGGACAACUUCUCUUUACCAAAAGUUUGAGAAAACAUUAUACAUGCCAACAAUGGAUGACGAUCGAUAUCCUGCGAUUGAUCCAUCGCCAUGGACAUGGCAAACCAUUGGACAUGCUUCUUAACGCGGCAAUGCUGGGCGCAUUGGAUAUCUUGAAAGAUGUAUUCACAAUGAAUGCAGCCAACUGUGUAAGCUUAAAAAUUAUUGGUUUUGUGUGCCAAGGUAGUGGAGAUGUGGACGUCAUUCGAUAUCUCAUGGAGAAGGGCAUCCCCAUAUUCGACAUUGGGGUGGCACUGGGUCACGCCUUUACAUCUGGCAACCUACACACUGUCGACUAUCUCUUGUCGCUACCUGAUCAUAUUGCCCGUGGUGGUGAACCUGGCUAUCUAAUUCGCGAUGAUGUCUUUGAAGUGAUGGAGAAUCGAGAAGGCAUUGAUCCAACUCUGUUCACAUUCAUGUUGGAUCAUUUGGAGCUCCAAGUUAGGCAGGAUCAAUCAUUCAUUAUAGAUUUGUUAUCAAUGGCUGGCUUCCAAUUCCACAUGUACCAUGCUGUAUUGGAAAUGUUGGCGAAGGAUCAGCACCAGCAACAACAACAUCAUCAAGUCGCGCCAUUCAUCUCAGCGCCUCCACUGAACAGAGCUAAACUAUAUACAAAAAAACCAAAUGAUAUUGAUCAAUAUCAAAUGAUCAACUCUGUCGUGCAACUGUUUCGACCACCACCUCAUGGCGACGUUGGUGUUGUAGCCAACCCAUUCAUCAUACCAUGCACUGAUGACUAUUACCAAACAUACCAAAAAAUGAUCAUUGAUGCUGGAAGAUUCCCAAUUGAUGGAUGUAAGUGA